AACGUCAACCACCUGUUUGAAGGUUAUAAUUGUCACUCAAUGGGAGUUUUAUGUAAAACGUCAAGUUUUAUAAAAACUGUAAUUAAAAAUCGUUUUUUCUCUUUAAAAUCUCUAAAAAUGUGCAGUUGCGAUAAUAAAAUUGCAAAGCCUGAAAUUCGAACUCUUCAUUAUGUGUUUAAAAUUGCUGAUAGAAGAAAAACCAUGGAAUUUUACAAAAAUAUUUUGGGUAUGAAAGUUCUUAGACACGAAGAGUUUGCUGAUGGAUGCGAAGCAUCAUGUAACGGCCCUUAUGCUAAUCGUUGGAGUAAAACAAUGGUUGGGUAUGGUCCUGAAGAUGAUCAUUUCGUAUUUGAACUUACCUAUAAUUACCCAAUACACCAUUAUGAUAAAGGAAAUGAUUUUAUUGGUGUUACAAUCAAAAGUCAAGACAUUUUAAAAAGAGCAGUUGAAAACUCUUGGCCCAUUAUAAAUGGAAAUGUUUUAGAAGCACCUGGAGGGUAUAAAUUCUUUAUUGAUGAUGAGCCACAGUCUGAUAACCCAAUAGAUAAAGUUACUUUCUCCUGUUCCAAUUUAGAAGAAACCAUUAAUUAUUGGAAUUGCAUUUUGGGAAUGAAAGUUUAUUCUAGAGAUGAUGAAAGUAAAACUGCUAUUUUGGGAUACAGUUUUAAGCAAACUAAACUUGAAUUUAUUCAAAUUACUGAAAAAAUAAAUCGUGCUGAAGCGUUUGGAAGAAUUGCGUUUUCUUGUCCAGAUGAACAACAACUGGUAAUUGAAGCUAAAGUAAAACAGAUUGAAGGGAAAAUUUUGGUACCCUUAACUUCUUUGGACACACCAGGAAAGGCAACUGUUCGAGUUAUUAUUUUGGCGGAUCCUGAUGGUCUUGAAAUUUGCUUUGUAAAUGAUGCGCCAUUUAGGAAAUUAUCACAGUACACUCCUGAUGAUGAAAAGAUUUUAAUUGUACAAAUGCAAAAGGAUGAUGAAAGAAUGUUGGAGGAAAAAAAGAUCUAAAAAUUGUUAUAAAAAUAAUGUUUAUUUCUAGUACUAAAUAAAGGUUAAAGGGAAUUCUAUUAAUUUAAGAAUAGAUCUGAAUUGAAUAAA